CAUCCAGUCAGUUUGAACAGCACCAUCACCGUCAUCAACUCCAUAUUCAGCUUCAUCAGCUUCAUUAUCAUUUUCAUGAUAUCGUCGUCAUCAGCAGCCUCAUCUUCAUCAUCUUCAUCAUGAAUCCAGGUCACCUGAGCCUCCUCUGCUUCCCCCUGCUGGUGUCCGUCUGUGUGCAGCUCUGUGGGGGAGUGGCAGUGGUGGACGUCCUGCCGGAGGUGGAAUGUGUUUCUGGCGCAGAUUGUGUUGUUCGCUGCUCUGCUGAACACGUCGAGGGGGUCGAGUACCGAGCGGUGAGGUGGUACAGACAGGUCAGAGAGUCUCCAUCGUCUCGACUCAGCGGCCUUCUGACCCGGAACCUGCCCAAUGGCACGACGAGAUACUACACUGAUCUGGACAGAGAGGUGGAGCUGCUGGUCGAGUCCCGCAGCCUCUUCCUGCCCAACGUGACGUGCGGCGAUGGCGGCGUGUACACGUGUCACCUGGCAGCACCUGUGGGAGAGCAGAACAGGGAUGGGCGGAUCCUCCUCACUCUGACAGGUUGUCCCGAUGGUGCCACAGAAAACCUGACGACAGAUGAGUCUGUUAUUUUGGCCAUAGCAGUGCUGAUGCUUGCACUCGUAACAUUCUUCAUAAGCUUCAUGUGUCUGAAGAACGUCCUCCGAGACAGAAACAAUAAAACUGUGAAGAGAGAAACGUUGUUGGACUCGACGCUCAAACCGCUGGAAAAAAAAGACCUGAUGCUGAUCUACACUCUGGGUCCAAAGCCGUCCUCCUCCUCGAUGAAGCACAUCUGUGUUUAGAGGACAAACUCACUACCUCCCUCUUCAUCCUCUUCAUCACACGUCCACAGUAGCUGCUACUUGUUAAUAUUGUGAUAUAUUUCUGAUAAACUGUGGAUGUUGAGUAGUGGAUAAAAAUGUGAAUCUACAAGAUACAGAUCAUCUGUCUAAUGAGCAACUGAGGAGAAAUCAAAAGCCCUUUUAGCUGCAGCGAGGAACCGAGAAGAGAAAAUCUUUUUCACACACUGUUUGUAAUUCGACUCUGUUUGUACAUCGAGCCACGUCACUGCCGUCUGCGGCUUUAUUUCAUGUCACAAGUCCGUUUUAAUUCAGGAUGAAUGACCCAUAAGAGACACUUUGUUGUCUUUGUUGCCAAAGCUCAUCUUCUCAUGGUCUCAUGUUAUUUGGUUCGAAAUGAAAUGUUUCCAGGGGACACAAAAAAGUGAUGGACCUGCUGUAGUUCGAUGUUUGGUGAAGUUCCAUCACCACUGACCAUGGAACUACAGCAGGUUCUUCGUUUGUUUGGGUCCCCAGGAAACAUUUCCGGUGCUGUUUUCGCUACUUGCAGCAUGUUGUGACUUUUUGCGGCGCACGUGUCGUCAAAUUGAUGAAGUUGUUUUAUUAAUUUGUACGUGUCUUUUUCUAUUUGCAUGUGUUUUCUUAAUGUGCAGCGCACUGAGCUCUCUCGGCCACCGUACUGAUCACUGUGGAU